CGAUUUUAUUGUAGUAUCUGUCUCAUGUCCGCCCGGGCCGUCGAUUCGGUAGCCAGUACUUCAUGUUAGUUGGGUUCGUCAGUCGGUACUGUCGAGCAGGAGCGUUCCUCCAUUCCUCAUAAAUCGAGCGUCGAAAUCGAAAAUCGCAAAAGCCCCGUAUAUUAAUCAGAACAAAUAGUCAUUAAAAAAAUGGCACCUGUCAUCAACGGCACGGCCAGUACUAUAUCGAGUACAAUUGCUCCGCUGUUGAAUACCACAGCUCAUUACAAUACCACGAGAGAGGUGCUCAAUACCACUGUGACUCCUAUUAUUAUACCUACGAUCUCAUCCGGGACGUGGAACAAUAACGGAUAUGGGUGGAGCGGGGUGUACUAUUACUGGUAUCCCAGUUAUAUCCUCUACAUUGUGCUGGUCUUUAUGUUUGUCAUCGCGUUUCCCCUGGCCGUGAUCAUGAGCUCGGCAAAGCGCAAACGUGAGGCAGCUGCCAGGAAUCUUGCCCAGCAAAGACUACGAGCCCGUCGUCAAAUGGAAAUCCAAGUAACAAACAACAACUGCAACGGCAGCUCCGGAAGUUCUGGCGGAGCCGAUCCUGCUUGCGGAAAUGGCCAAAACAUCACCGUGCUGCCCAAGUCAUUGGACCUACCACCCAGCUACGAUGAAGCAGCUUUCAGUGACCGAAAGCAGGACAGCACCUUGACCAUUGCCACCUGUCUGGAGGCCAGUAACCCGAAUCUGGCUGCCGGAGGCACCAACGAACCUCCUCCAGUCUACGAGGCAAAUGUUACCACCACGACUACCACCACUUUCAUGGUUAAUGGCCAGCCUCCAGUGCUGUAACUCAGUUGAAUCAAAUGUCUUACAUUUAUUGGUUGCCUAUAUAUAUAUAUGUACAGAUUUUGUGAAAUAAUCGUAUAAAGUUGCGUAUGAAUACUUAAAUGCUUCGACAAUGAUAAAUUUAAACGAAAAAUAAACAUAAACUAACAUUU